AUGUUCCCGCUCGAGAAUCGUCCCGGCUUGAUUUCUCUGCUUGCGGGAAAACCUAAUGCAGAGACGUUCCCAAUCACAUCGCUCCAGUUCACUAUGCGUGACCCUGCUGCUGGCGAGGACGUGAAGAUGGAGCUGACGCCCGAUGAGCUGCAACAUGGCCUGCAGUACACGCCCACAAAUGGCCUACCUGAGCUUCGCGAGUGGGUGUUUGGUCUUCAGGAAUUCCAGCACAACCGGUAUAAGGGCGAAGGCUGGACGGUCAGCGUCGGGGCCGGGUCGCAGGAUCUCAUCUUCAAGGCUGCAAGUGCCUUGUUAAAUCCAGGAGAUGCUGUGCUCGUGGAAGCACCUGCAUACGCAGGAACAAUCGCAAUACUAGGAUUAGUUGGAUGUGAACACAUUGAGGUAGAGACGGAUACCCACGGUAUCCAGUCAAGUUCUCUCCGCUCGAUCCUUGAGAAUUGGCCGAAGUCUAAAUCGAAACCCAAAGUGCUGUAUACUGUCCCAUAUGGCUGCAAUCCGGCAGGAACGACUGCAACAUUAGACCGCCGUCUCGAAGUGCUCAAAUUGAGCAGAGAGCAUGAUUUCCUCAUCUUCGAAGACGACCCCUAUUAUAACUUGUAUUUCGGCCCUCCCAACCGUCCCCCCUCGUACUUCGCCCUGGAGCGCUCGCAAUCUGAAGUGGGCAGGGUUGUCCGCUUCGAUAGUUUCUCCAAAAUCCUGUCGUCAGGUAUUCGUGUUGGCUUUGCUUCGGGACCCGAGAGUAUUUUGCAAGCUAUGGAUCAACACAGCACUGUGACAAAUCUACAGCCCUCAUCCCUCGGGCAGGCGCUCGCAUUGAAGGUAGUUAAGGCCUGGGGCUACGAGGGCUUUGCGUCGCAUACCGCAAACGUGGCCGCCUUCUAUCGCGCAAAGAGAGACGUGUUCGAGGCUGCUAUGCAGCGCCAUCUCGCCGGCCUCGCGGAGUGGGCCACGCCAGAGGCAGGCAUGUUCUUCUGGUACGUGUUCAAGCUACUCGGUGGAGAUGACGACUCGGCGAGCCUCAUCCGCACGAAAGCGCUCGAGCACGGCGUGCUCGCGCUUCCAGGGACGGUGUUUUACCCUAACGGGCGCACGACGGCGUUCGUGCGCGCGUCGUUCAGCACCCUAUCCCCAGAACAGGUCGACGAGGCGCUGCGGCGCCUGCGCGAGGUCAUCCUGGACGAGCGGAAGACGCGCGGGGUCUAA